AUGCCGGAUGAUGUUGCCCAUCAGACAUUGAAGAAGCUCAAGUUCGCCGUCGACCCUUACGCUGCUCUUCGCGCGAUAAGGCCGUCGGGGCCAAGGGAUGCCCGGGAGAUCCUGCCUCAUAUCUCGUCCAAUGUCGAGUUUGAACUCACGCGACGCCAUCCCAUCUUGUAUCCUCAGACUCGGAGAUUAGGUCGUCUCGAGAUGCCCGAGGAUGUCGACUCUAGGCCUUCCAAAGUCGCUCGGGUUGAGGACGCAUCCGAAGAGGGUUCAAUUCUCGAGGACCGUCGAGCACCGGAAUACCCAACUGUGGCUGAAAUCCUGGAAGAUGAUUCCUCUACAGCCUCUCCACGGCCUUCUCGAGCAUUCGACUCGGCCUUCUUUGUUCCACCAAUGGGCCCUAUUCCUCCGCCGACGCCGCGCAUUCGCAACGAGCCUCGUCUGAAAGAUUUGAACAUUGCCUUUUGGACCGUAGUGCCCAUCAGUAAUCAGGAUGCGGCAGAAGUCAUCUCUCUAUAUCUGGAAACGGAUCAUCCGAUAUUAGGCUUGUUUGAUGCUGAUCUGUUCUUGAACGACUUGGUCAACGGUGAAGUUCGGUACUGUUCCUCACUGCUCGUCAAUGCUCUGCUUGCUUUCGCUUGUCAAGCGUAUGCGGCAAAGCAACCUGAAGCGUCUCGGUGGAGUCAAGAGCUGGAAGACGAGUCGAAUAAGCUCUGGCAUGCGCAAAACGAUGAUACCUUGCCUACCAUUGCAGCUUUGACCUUCUUGAUCCAGUCCAGCGGCUGUAAUGGUAAUGGUGAACUCAAUGUUAAGUUCGUCAAAGAUACAGUAGCUAUGGCGAAGCGUCUGAGGCUCUUUGGGUGCCCCGAUGCAUAUACCUUUGUGGACCUAAAUCGUCUCUCGGAACCACAGGCCAGGGCAACAGCUCAAGUUGCCUGGGGGGUUUUCAAUACUCUGAGCAUGUGGUUCCACGGGACUGUGCUCUACCUCUUUAGGCCGUUCAUCCCAAGCGACAAACAGCAUGGCUUCAAAUUCUGGUCACCGUCAGCCGACCAGAUACCUGCCUUUUUUGCGGCAUCCGUCGAGCAGCUCAAAGACCUCGUCGAGGUGUACGCGUUGUACCCGGAAUCGACGUACAGCAUCUUUGGACACACCGCUCUCAUCCAUGUAGCCAACGCCGUAGCUAGCGACAUAACGAAUCCAGAGUGGCGACCCUACUUUCUCAGCUGCAUCCGCGCCUACCAGGCCUUAUACAGCUCUUUUACCGUUGCCGAAGUGAUUGCUGGUGGUCUCCUUUCCAUGGUUGUCAGGAAGGGGGGCAUGGACAUGACGGAAGCCCUAGGACUGCUGGAGGACCUCAGAUCUCGCAAGGGACCCAAGGCGGGCGGCCGGGCGACUGGCAUGUUUGUGACUGAUCUCGACCUCGCCGUGACGGACCGCGAGGCGGCGAGGGUUGAUCGCUUGAUUGAGAACUUUGAAGAGAUGACCAUCUUGGAUGAGUUUACUCAAGGUGUCAUCUGA